AGGUUUUUUUCUUCUUUUUUUUUUUUGCCUUAGCAAAAUUAUUAUUUGCUAUGGGUAAUGUGACGUCAAAUGUAGCUGCAAAAUUAGCUUUCUUUCCACCGUCACCGGCUACGUACGGCGUAAGUAAAGACGAGGAGACAGGAAAGCUCAUGUUCACCGGAGUCACGCCGGAAAAAAGCAUGGACGUCCAUCAAAUUACCACUAAAUCAGGCAACAAAGUUGUCGCUACGUUUUGGAAAGACCCAUUUGCAAGAUUCACUCUUAUUUAUUCCCAUGGCAAUGCUGCGGAUCUCGGCCAAAUGGUCGAGCUCUUCAUCGAGCUCCGAGCUCAUCUCCGUGUCAAUGUUAUGAGCUAUGACUAUUCAGGCUAUGGAGCUUCAUCAGGCAAGCCGUCUGAGGUCAAUACGUACCACGAUAUUGAGGCUGUCUACAAUUGCUUGAGGAGCGAGUACGGAAUCAAGCAAGAGGAGAUGGUAUUGUACGGUCAGUCCGUUGGAAGUGGACCGACGUUGUACUUAGCGUCUAGAUUGAAGAGACUAAGAGGGGUUGUUCUACAUAGCGCCAUUCUCUCUGGCAUUAGAGUUUUGUAUCCUGUCAAAAUGACAUUCUGGUUCGACAUAUAUAAAAACAUUGAAAGGAUACGCCAUGUGACAUGCCCUGUUCUUGUCAUACAUGGAACAAAAGAUGAGGUCGUGAACAUGUCGCAUGGGAAGAAAUUGUGGGAGCUUUCAAAAGACAAAUACGAUCCAUUGUGGGUUAAAGGAGGAGGGCAUUGCAACUUGGAAUCAUACCCUGAGUACAUAAAGCACCUGCGAAAGUUCAUAAACGCAAUGGAGAAACUCGCUCUCAACAACCCGCCAAGCAAACAAGCAGACGACGAGCCAAGCAUUACCAAAACUAAGCACAAUUGUUGCUUAAGAUUCAGGAAAAAGUAGAGCUCGAUU